UUUAAUAUAGUAAAGGCCAAGCUUGUCAAUGAUUGAUUUUAUACAUUUACACUUGCGACUUGAUACUGGAGAUAAAUAUCAACAUGAAAUGAAUGUAUAAGAAAACCUAUAUUGUGGAUUUUAAGCCAAAAUCGCUUGAAUUCUUAUUGGCGUUUGUGGAGGUGCCGUAGAAAUAACAUCUUACAGUUUAUGAGAGAACAUUGAUUCGAAGAUGUCAUGAUAAAAAAAAAGAACCAAUUUCAUAGCUUAGGAACCACAGUACACCUGGGGCAUGUCGGAGCGAAGAAAAAGUGUGUUUGGAGCGGGUACAUCAAAGAAGCUUGGUUCAAGACGUCCAUCGCUUCCGUUGAACGCGGAACCAGCUGGUCUUACUGAUACAGAUACGAAGAACUCAAAGCGGAAGAAAAAUGCUAGGAGGUCCUCUGUCACAGUUUUGUCGACACAGCAAACCCAGAAAGAAUCCACGUCGCAGAAGAAAGAAAAGCCGUCGUACGAUAUGAAGGCAACAAAAAAGUUUGACAGCAUGUUACGUGGAGAUCUUACAGAUUUACCUCCCUUGCCAAAAACAAUGGUCAAGAUUUUUCUCAGCUCUACAUUUUCUGAUAUGCGAGCAGAGAGAAACAUACUAGCAAGAGAAGUUUACCCUCGUCUUCAGACCUUCUGUGCAUCACGAGACCUUGACUUUCAAGCAGUGGAUAUGCGAUGGGGCAUAACAGAAGACAGUAUUAAUGAUCACUCCGUGGAAAGACUUUGUCUUCUUGAAAUCGAAAAUUGUCAGAACACGUCUGUUGGCCCAAAUUUUGUAAUACUUUCGGGAGACAGAUACGGAUUUCGCCCAGUUCCAGUAAAUAUUGACGUUGAAACGUUUGAAGUAAUUCAAUACGAAGCCAAUAAACUAAACCUCUCAAGCAGAGAGUUGUUAGACGAAUGGUAUAAACUGGACAAAAAUUCAAUUCCUGCUACUUAUAUUCUACAGCCAAUCCGGUCUAAGUUUAAAUUCUUUGCUGACUUCUCAACGGGUUGUGAUCAGCUGAGAGAAAGAGACACUGCUGAGUGGUGGAAAACGUUCGAGAAAUUGCAGAUUUUGCUGAGGACAGCAGCUGAUGAGGCAUUCAAAGAGAACAAGAUCACAUCAGAAAGAAAACAUCAGUUCUUCCAGUCAGUGACAGAAAGUGAAAUUCAAGAUGGAAUAUUGAAGGCAACAGAUGUAAACUCGCACUGUCUGGUAUAUAAAAGACGACUGAGGCAUUUGCAUGGAGUUGGUCUUAAUGAUAAGGAUACAGCCAGAUACAUAGAUAUCAUCAAAUCGGAGAAGGGAAAUGUGCUCGACGAAGAAGUUGAAAAGCUAAAAGUUUUACUUUUUGAGGACAAAAUUAGUAAGAAACUUGAUCAUGCAAAUAUCAAAGAAUACAGCAUUCAUUGGAUGCCAGGGGGAGUAAAUCCUGACAAAAUAGAUGAACAUAUGGAAUACCUUUCCUCAUUUUGUAAAGACUUCAUUGCGGACCAUAAAGAUCUUAUACAAAAAGCAGAAGAAAAACGGAAGAAAACGUUAAUUAAAGAAUCGAACUACUACACUGAUUACAAUAACACAAUCCAUCACUUGAGAUUUUGUGUAUCAAGAUGUGAAUCUUUCUGUGGACAGGAACCGGUAUUGGAAGCAGCAAAGUCAUAUAUUUUGGACGGAUCUGGACGAAAACCCCUGGUGUUGUACGCCGCAUCUGGAGUUGGUAAAACAUCCGUAAUGGCUAUGAUACUGAAGAGUAUUCCAGAAUGGCUUAACAAUGCACCGCAUCUAAGACUGAUCAGAUUCCUAGGAACUUCACCACAAUGUAGAAACGUCCACGAUGUACUGGUUGAUGUUCUUGGUCAUUUAUCAGAUGUGUACGACAUGAUCUUGCCUCCGCACAACUACAAAACUAUGAAGGAAAUUGUGCAAUUUACACCGAGAUACAUUAGACAGGUUGCAAACUACGCAAAGGAACCAAUUAUCAUAUUACUUGAUUCCUUGAACCAGCUAGAUUCGAGGAACAACGCUUAUGCUGUUGACUGGCUUCCGAUUUUUCUACCACAAAAUGUAAAGCUCAUAGUCUCUACACUUCCACAGGAGCAUGGUAUUCUUGCAAAUUUGAAAAGGCGCCUACCAGACCGGGAAUGUUACAUUGAGAUACCCGCACUGACGGAAGAGACUGUCAAGGAAAUUAUUAAAACAAACUUACAAGUGCACAAUCGAUCACUGACGACAAAUCAAAUGAGUUUCUUUUGUUCAAUGUUUACGCAAACUCCAAGUCCAUUGUACUUGAAACUUCUUCUCGAUGAAGCAAGAAAAUGGAAGUCUUAUACACCUGCAUCUGAAAUGGAACUAGUAGCAACUGUAAAAGAAGCCAUAAACAAACUUUUCCAAACUCUUUCGAAAAAGUUUGGAACACUUUUAGUCAGUCACGCACUUGGGUUUGUAACUGUAGGUUUGUCAGGACUUACCGAAUUCGAGAUUGACGAUGCAUUAUCAUGUGAUGAUGAAGUUUUAGAUGAAGUGUAUAGGUUUCAUGAUCCACCAGUUCAAGGAAUUGUUCAAAUACCACCAUUGCUAUGGGCCAGAAUAUGGUAUGACAUUCGUGGUUAUCUUGUGGAAAGGUUUUCAUACGGAAAGACGACUUUGAACUGGUAUCACCGAGAGUUUGUACUCGCGGCCACCGAGAUGUAUACGAAGGGAGACAAUGGGGUACGUCUCAAUAAAACUUUGUAUGAGAUAUAUCAUCAGGAAAACGGAAUCAAACGGACCAUAGAAUUGAAGAAUCGGAAUAAACUAGUUAUUACAGAUGCUGAUAGGCAAGUUACCCCUCAACCGUAUAUAGCACAAAAUAAACGCAAACUAGCGUGCUUACCGUAUCAUACACUACGUGCUUAUAAAGCAAUAGGAAUAGACCGAGCGAAAACAGAAGUGUACUGCAAUUUCAAAUAUUUAUAUACCAAGAUAACAGCAUUUUCUGUCUCAGCUGCUGCCAAUGAUAUGUCCGACUUUCUCGAACAGUGCAAUGAUGAAGAGGUGCGAUUAGUGUUGAUUUUUUUGGUGAAUUGCAAACAAGAUCUGACUAACCAAAUACGGUUUGCAUUUUGUAUGUUGGCGUUCGUUGAUCCAGAAGACAAUCAUUACCAUUUAAAGAGCUUAUUGAAUACAGCAGUUGAGUUUCUUGAGUCAAGAAAGAAGCCAGUUCUUAUUCCUGAAUUCCCAUGUCUUACACAAAGACAUAACGCAUCAAAUGCCUUUCAAACGUCCAUAGAAGGAAUAUCAGAUAUACUUGCCAUUUCCGAAAGCAAUGUUUUGCUACAGAAACAAGUACAAAUGGAUAUGCUUUCAAAUGAAGAGUGUAGAAACAUUGCCGUAUGGAAUACAGAAACCCAAGAAUUAAUAAAUGUACAAAUGCAAGGCAUCUCGAAAUCGAUAGGUCAAUACAUACUCACUGAUGAAUAUUUGUAUUACAUAACAAAAGAAGCAGUUGUUAAGUAUUGGCUCAGUGAUAGUAAAUCAGAAAUGGCUUUGUUUACGGAUAUUGUAAAUGAGUGGAAAACCAGUGACUGUGUGCAUAAUAUAUUUGCAAAUUCAGACGCUACUGUAGGUGCUAUUAUACAAGACCAUUCGAUUACCUUGAUAUCUCUUGAAAACUUUGAACUUUUACAAGAAUUUAUAAUCCCUGAUAAAAAUCUUGUAAUAGACGCUGUAUAUGUGCCAGGCAGUGGCCAAAAACUGAUUGUAGUUGGAAAAGGUAAUAGAUCACAUGAUAAAAGUGAGCGGCAAGACCGGGAAACCAAAACGUUUGUCAUAGAACUUGAACAAGGCAAAAAUCUUCCAAUACAAAUACGUGAGUUUAACACACACUUAAAUUGUGAAAAGGCAGUUCUAUCUUGCAAGGAUCAAUGGUUGCUCAUUCCUACAGAAAAAGCAUUAUUGACAACACAAUCAGAAAAUCAGGUAACAAGUGUACAGCCGGUAUCAAAUGGUCAUUUACUAGCUUUUGACAUAGACGAUAAGUACUUCACGUCAAAAGAAAUUACAAUAUCAUCAACAAUAAGCAAGAUAUCUGUACACCCAGAGAAGAGAAAGUUUAUUUAUCUAACCAGCAACGGGAAAGUUUUUAGUGUGCUGGCUGAGACCAUUGAUCUAAAUAUUCAUUUUGAUUUCACUGUUAAAGCAUUCGCUGUUUCUUGGGAGGAUGAAAUAGGCUUAUUUUGUUCCAGUGGAAGAAAAAUAGCUUUGUAUGAUUUAAAAUCGGACAAAAUUCUUAUUGAGUUUGUUGCACAUAAUGACAAGAUAAAAGACAUUUGUCUUCUGCAACAACAAUUUGUAACCCUGGGAGAAGAUAAAGAAAUGAAAUCAUGGGAUUACAAAACCCUUCUUGAAGACACUUACUCAGAUGCCAGUGGUAUAUGUGUUUCAGAAAGAAAAGAAACUUUCCUAGAGCAGACAAAUGUCGUUGCUAUUUCAUUGUCAUACGAUGGAUUUGAGUUGAUAACAUGUCAUGAUGAUGGCAUUGUAAAGGUAUGGUCUGUGGACUCCAAGAAGUUCCUUCGUCAAUAUAAUAUUGAAAUAGUUCCAGACAUUGUGCAUACUUUCCCAAAUAGUUCAGUAGCGUUUCAGGAUACAAAAGACGGUAGAAUGAGGAUUUUAGCAAUAAAUACCGGAAGAGUAAAAUUUCAAUUGCCUGACACAAUAUAUACUAUUUUGCAUUCAACAGGCGAUAGAAAGGACAAUUUAUACAUUUUAAGCUCACCUAGCAUGGGGAACGAGCAGAUUGAUGUUGUGAGUAUCAACCGGGAGCUAGUUUUGAAAACCAUACAUUUGCAAAAUGGACUGUCGUACGAAAGAAUCGAUGGAAUCCUUUCUGCUAAUGACAAUUACCUGGUAAUCCGUCUGUUGAUGUCAAAACGCGAAUUUGAGAAUGCUAGGGAAUUAUAUAAUGCGAACAUCCCUACGUCUGAGAAAAUGAGCUCCAGCGAACAGCAUCAUCGGUACAGAUUUACAGCAGUAGCAUUAUCGGAAGAUAGUGGGGAACUUAUACCUUGCAAUCAGAUUGGCACAUUAGUGCAGCCAUAUAGGGGAAACAUUAUGCUGAUUUCGACUAGAAGAUGGAUUGUAUUUUGGGACAUAACAUCUGGAACAUGCGACCGUAAACCAUCCAAAGUACAAAGAAGUCCAAUGUUUUGUCGUCCAGCUUGGAUUGGGAAAGAAUGCAUGGGCGCAACCCGAGUAUUUUCACAUUCAAUUGAUCAGAAAUAUGUAGCAUGUGGAUCGGAUGACGGCUAUGUAUUUGUAUAUAACUCAGACACUGGGUUACCUGUAUGCAAUCGUAAACCACUCUCGAAGCAUAAUGCAGAGGUUCACAAGGCAGUUAUCUCCCCCGACAGUAAAUUUGUAGCGUCCUCGUGUCUAAACAGUAUUCUCAAACUGUGGGAAUCGUCCACAGGAUUGGAGCAAUUCUCUGCUCGUUUAGAUGCCAAUGUGAAGGAUAUGUGUUUUACAUCUGACUCAGGAAAACUCAUUCUGUAUACAGGAACAUAUACGACAAGGGUAUUGAUGUUUUCCGUGACACGUGGGAGGAAAUAGUUUGUGUCAGAUAGCAAAAUGUCCUAAGGACGUUAGCGCCGGGGAUAAAAGCAAACAUUGUGUUUUUCGUGUGAAAAAAGUCAACCAAAGUAUAGCUAUAUAAAACUGGUUAAUGAGCAGUCCUUCAAGAUGAAGGACAGUCUUAUGAAUGGUUUUAAGGUAAAUGACACAUUUGCCUAUAUGUAUAUAGGGAAACAUUUUCCAACGAGCAGAAAUUCUUUAAACUCUAUCUACAUGUACUGACUGAGAAUCAUGUUUAAAACGGAAAUAUGUAUUACAAUCAUAGGUAACCAGGCUUGAUCUUGAAUUAUCUGCCCUUGAAAAUCAGAAAAUACUAAAACAUCCAAUUUUGAAGGGCAGAUAAUUCAAGAUCAAGGCAAGAGAACUGUGCAUUUUAAUUUUUAUUUCCGUUUCAAGCUUCAUUUGCAGUAAGUAUAAAAAGUAAAGAAAUUCUGUCCAUAGUAAAGACCAGGACUUUGUGGUAUCAUUUUGUCAUGUUCAUAGUUUGCAUUUGCAACUGUUUAUAUAUUGACAUGGGGGAAAGAAUCUUACAGGAAACUUUAAACUGUUUUUACUGAUGGAGUAUUAAAUCAAUAACAGAUAUGAAAUAAAACAAACCAUACAGGAGCCCAGCCAAGAUCAUGAAUUAUCUGCCCAGAUAAUUCAAGAUCAAGCCUGGGUACAUAUGAUUUUUGAUCCAAAUUUCCGUUUUAAACUUAAUUCUCAGUCAGUACACAAAGAUUUAAGAAAUUCUGCCCGUAGGAAACUUUUUGCCCUAUAUACAUAUGGCUACUGUGGCAUUUACCCUUUAAGUUAAUGCUUUGGAACUCGGGACGUCCUCGAACAGCCAAAAAAUGUAUGUCAGUUAUUGUUGUUUUUUUUUCAGUACUUAUCAUCACUGCUGUAUAAUUCAUUUGUCUUUAUUCUAAUUAUCAAUUAUUUUUACUAAUAUUGUUGACAAUUUUUCUAUUGUUCUUGAAUAGUUUUGAAAAAAGAACGUGUGUGCGUGUGUGUGUGUGUUUUCUUUUGCAAUAUGACAAUGAUAAGCCUCAUGGUUGGUGCGAAAGCGAAAAUUUUCACAUUUACCAUUAAAUCAAAUAAAUUGGAAUGAUUGCAUUCAGGCUUAACCAGUACGUUUUCGCCGUCUGUUCAUGUGUUAUAUUUUUGUGUCAGUUUUCAUAUUUUGUCUUCUGUUAUGUAGAAAAACGUGAUUUUUAAAACUAUAUUUGAAUUUGAUUCGUUAUACAUAAACAGGACUGAUCAUAA